AUGGCGGAAGGAACCGGAGUUGUGGCGGUGUACGGAGAAGGAUCCAUGACGGAGACGACGAAGCCCCAGCAAUCUCCGUUUUCCGUCAAGGUCGGUCUCGCCCAGAUGCUCCGUGGCGGCGUAAUCAUGGACGUCGUCAACGCCGAUCAAGCGCGAAUCGCCGAAGAAGCCGGCGCAUGCGCCGUCAUGGCUCUCGAGCGUGUUCCCGCCGAUAUCCGAGCUGAAGGCGGCGUCGCGAGGAUGAGCGAUCCGGAGAUGAUUAAGGAAAUCAAGAAGGCGGUUACGAUUCCGGUGAUGGCGAAGGCCAGAAUCGGUCAUUUCGUCGAGGCUCAGAUCCUGGAAUCAAUCGGCGUCGAUUACGUCGACGAGAGCGAAGUUCUCACUCUCGCCGACGAGGACCACCACAUCAACAAGCAGAAUUUCAAAAUCCCUUUCGUUUGUGGAUGUAGGAACCUCGGCGAGGCCUUGCGCCGGAUCCGUGAAGGGGCCGCCAUGAUCAGGACUAAAGGAGAGGCCGGAACGGGAAACGUCGUCGAAGCCGUGAGGCACGUGAGGAGUGUGAUGGGAGCGAUUCGCUCGCUGCAGACCAUGGACGACGACGAGGUGUUCGCGUUCGCGAAGAAGAUCGCUGCGCCGUACGAAUUGGUUGUUCAGACGAAGCAGUUGGGGAGAUUACCGGUGGUUCAAUUCGCCGCCGGGGGAAUCGCUACGCCGGCGGAUGCGGCGCUGAUGAUGCAGCUGGGAUGCGACGGAGUGUUUGUCGGGUCGGGGAUUUUCAAGAGCGGAGAUCCGGCGAAACGGGCUAAGGCGAUCGUGCAGGCGGUGACGAAUUUCAGGGACGCGGCGGUGCUGGCGGAGGUAAGCUGUGGUUUAGGAGAAGCAAUGGUUGGUAUCAAUUUGAACGAUAAGAUUGAGAGGUUCGCUAACCGCUCUGAGUAA